AUUUUAGAAAACAACAAUGCAGAACUUGCCGCUGCGAUGGCAGCUGUUAGGGAGGCAAUCGGACGGUACGGCAGGGUAGCCAGGGGUUCAGGUCUUCGUAAUCCACUUCCUCAUGAAUGGGCCAACCUACAGCAAUUUUAUCAGUUACCACCACCUCCACCCCCACCGCCAGCACCAGAACUUCCGCAAGAAAAUGAGCCAGGACUAGCGAAUAUGCCACCACCAGUCCAUGUGCCAGCACCAGCUCAUGUACCAGCACCAAUCCAUGUACCAGCACCAGUCCAUGUACCAGCACCAGCUCAUGUGCCACCACCAGUCCAUGUGCCAGCACCAAUCCAUGUACCAGCACCAGCCCAUGUACCAGCACCAGCUCAGGUGCCACCACCAGUCCAUGUGCCAGCACCAAUCCAUGUACCAGCACCAGCCCAUGUACUAGCACCAGCUCAUGUGCUACUACCAGCCCCAGUCCAUGUACCAGCACCAGCUCAUGUACCAGCACCAGCUCAUGUACCAGCACCAGCCCAUGUGCCAGCACCAAUCAAUGUGCCAGAACUAGUCCAUGUGCCAGCCCCAGAAAAUGGGCCAGCACCAAUUAAUGGGCCAGCACUAGCUAAUGUACCAGCACUAGUUAAUGGGUCAGUGGCAACAGCGUCGAUACCAGCAUUGGAAACAGCAUCAACAUCAGGAUUGUCAUCAGAACCGAGGGGUCGGCGACACUGGGGUGCUGGUUACCAACGCCGUAACUGGCGAGGGCAGUACCGCUCAAAUGGGCGUGGAAAAGGACGUGGAAAAGGUCGUGACAUAAACAUAUAUAUGUAAACAAUCACACACACUUACGCAUAUACAUGCACAAGCAUACAUCCAUACACACAUUCAUACAUACAUACAUACAUAUAUGUACCCAUACAUACACAUAAAAUUACAUUUAUAUCUAUAUCUUAUCUAUAAUAAUCUAAAAUUAAUAUAAACU